AGGUGCGCUAUUUUUAAAGUCGAAAAACCGGUUUUACUGCAUGUGUAUACACUAUACUCGGGUGGGAUACUAUGAGUAAAAUGAUAUAAACUGUGUUCAUUUUCUACAUUUCGGAUUUUUUGAUAUUUUGAAGAACCUUUAUUCAGCUGGCACAGUGAGAUAGGUGUCACCAUGAAGAAUCUUCUGUGUAGCUUUCUAGUUCUGGUGACCGUUUUCAUGUCCACAUAUGCCAUUCCAGCAUUUAAUUCAACUGAAAAGCAAUUGUUUAUUGACAAAUUAAAGUAUGGCAUUAAUGAAGAACAACGUGAAUUUGAACUGAUGACGAUUCACUGCACUGAUCCUGAAAAUCCGCAAGAUCAAUUGAGUAUUUUGUUGGAGAACGGUGGCAAUUUUGUAAGCAUCUCUCCAACUGGCAGGGCAUUUACACGAGUAAGGGUGAAAACACUGGAUUUUGAUGUCGGGAAAACCAGUCAGCAAGAACAGAAUGAAAAGUCAGUUGUAUUGACAUGCUCCAAAGGUGGUUCUGUGUAUGAUAGAAUAGAAGCCAAGCUGAAAAUAAAUGACAUAAAUGACAACGCACCAGAAUGGAUCAAUGAUGUUUAUAUUGGAAAUAUUGAUGAAGAAAUUAAUGAGCAGUUGCCAUAUAAGGUGCCAAUGAGAACACAAAUUCUGAUCAUCGACAAGGACGGCGUGGACAAUAACAUCAUAACACCAAACUGCUCCCUCGUUGAGAUAGCCCCUGGAAACAAAAAUGAGCCCUGUGAGAAGUACUUCAGUUUCAAAGUUUUAUCGUAUCAGAAUCCCCUUGAUCAGGAAUAUACCUAUUGGACCAUAGAUGUAUUCACGAUCAAGCGAGUUUUUACAGGAAUAUCAACGUUACGACUGGUGGUGGAAAUUGUGAACAAGCCAAAUUUAGUUACUGAACAAACUCUGAAGUCACAGACCAGGAAUUUUUUGAUCUAUGUUCGUGACAUCCAAAAUCUACCUCCCAUAUUCGACCAAAACUCCCUUUCUUUCUCCAUGAAUGAGUCCACACAGCCUGGUGAUCAGGUUGAAUUCGGUCGAAACGUAAUUGCCUCUGACCAAGAUCGAGGAGAUCCAAACGCUAUUAGAUUUGAACUUCGAAGAAACCCAGAUGAUCCAUAUGCUUUCGACAACGACCUGUUUGAACUGGGAGUUGAGUUUAUGUCCUCACCAAACCGGUCUGCAUAUGGAGUCCCAUUCAAACUAAAAAAUAACGUGGACCGGGAAGCAAUCAUAAAUGAAGCAAAGAGUUUAUCCAUUGAUAUCAUUGCCAUUGAGUACGACCCUGACCAACGAGCAAACAGAAAUCCCAUGAACACAACAAGCACGCUUGUUGUUCGUGUGAUAGAUUCUAAUGAUAAUCCACCAAGGUUUAGUCAGGAUGUGUACACAUACGACAUUACCGAGCUAACAAACAUUGUAGUCAAUGACUACCGACAGCUAACGGGCAACUUCCAGAUAGAUGUGUCCGAUUCUGAUUCGUUCUUGUACAACAAAUUCCGGGUGAGCAUUGUCGAGGGCGGGCAGAAUGGAAACUUUUCCCUGUUGAACUUCACAGAAGGACAGAAAACUAGCUCCUUCCUCAUCUAUGUGCGCUCACCGCUACUUAACUAUGAAGUUCCACCAAACCAGUAUUCACUUAAGCUCAGAGCAGAAGAUAUUUUAAGGCCAGAUUUGCAAUCCGAGGCUAUAGUGAACAUCAACAUUCUGGACGCUAACGAUAACUUCCCAUUAUUCAGCCAACCUACAUAUGUUUGCAACGUGCAAGAGAAUCAAGAGCCUGGCAUUCUCACCCAAACUGGGUGCUCACUUACUGCACGUGAUGCUGACAGCGGGGCAUUUGGUGAAGUGACUGGGUAUGAAGUUAACGACAAUACAAACACGUUUACCAUUGAUGAAAACGGAAACUUAUUUCUGGAAAGACCUUUGGACUUUGAAACGCAAUCAGUAUAUACAUUCACAGCAACAGCCUACGACGGCGGGACCCUGGAUGAUAGAAAAUCUGGCACAGCAUUUGUAAAUGUUGUUGUGGGAAAUAUAGUGGAAGACGGUCCUCAAUUCACGCAAACCUACUCCUCUACUCUGUAUGAAGACUCCUUAGAAUUGCAGCCAGCAAUCAUUCUUCAGGCUGUAAACAUUGAAACUCAAGGGGACAUAAUCUACUCGCUUGUGAGGAUUGAACCAGCCACCAUUCCAUUGAAUACGAUCCGCGUUAACUCAACAACUGGGGUUGUCUCCGUAAUAAAUUAUGUUGAUUACAAAACAACACAGAAUGGAACAAUUUUCCUGACCUUCAGAGCAACUACAGGUGCCCUUUUCUCUGAAACAGUUGCAACUAUCGUCGUCUUUGAUCUGAAUAACUACGCACCCGAGUUCCUCCCACUGGGCCAAACUACCUUCAGUGCCAUCAUCUACGAAAAUGCCACUGCGGGUGACGUUGUGAUUGACCUUAAUGUUCGUGAUCGGGAUGAGACUGGCUUGAACGGUCAAGUAGAGUUCAAGAUUCUUAGCGGGGAUAAUGACGUUUUCCUUAUCCGAUCGGAUUCUGGUGAAAUCAUCAUCGGUGAUUCCUCAACCCUGGAUGUCGAGAGACAAUCUAGAUAUAACAUUGAGGUGGAAGCUGGUGACAAAGGUACUCCCCCGAGGUAUGCAUCAGUGAUGGUCAACAUUCAGAUCCUUGAUUCCAACAACAAAAAUCCAAGAUUCCUAAAAGAGUUGUAUGUGUUCCAGAUCAAUGAGAAUGCAGCAAUUAAUACACGCAUAGGAAAUGUAAUUGCCAAUGAUACAGACUCAACUAACAGCCUUGAGUAUAGCAUUGACUUCACAAGUGUCAAUUUUGAAAAAGGAGGAAAUCAGCUUGACACAUACAUUGAUGCUGAAAAAAUAGUCUCAAUGCAGCCACUUACUGGUGAAAUAAGAGUAGCUGGUACGAUUAAUCGAGCACUAUUCGACGGUAUGGAUUUCAAGGUGGUCGUCCAGGAUAUUAAUGCACCAGCAAAUGGACCAAGGCAGACAGCUACAGCUUCGGUUUUGAUAUUCAUUCUGGCUGAUCCUGAUCCACGAAUCUACUUUGACGCACCCUGGACACGACAAAACCCUAUUAUCCGGAAGACAUACUCCGAGACAAACAACGUCGGUUACCAAAUAUUGGUCUUGAGAGCUACGGACCCGGCUGUCCCAGAAACUGUGCAAAUCUACCGGGAGAUGUCUGGAAGUGAUCCAAAUGACUACUUUGAGAUUUCCAACAGUAGUGUCAUAAUCAAGAAACGGAUUGACUAUGAGACAUUGCCAGCAUUGGACAAGACCAUCUCUGUUGUCGUGCUUGCUAUUUCGAGGAAUGAAGAUCGCACGGCCACCGCAACUGUCAUCAUCGAUGUCCAGGAUCUUAAUGACAAUGAACCACAAUUUGAUAGACUGUCUUACACGUUCGCGGUUCCUGAAGACAAGAAAUACCCAUAUACUGUUGGGGAGGUGAUUGCUAGGGAUGCCGAUUCAUCAAGUUACGGAGAGAUAGAGUACUUUCUUGCCGGAUCUCGCAAUGAGGACUUCGACGUCUAUACUGAACGAGUGGGAAGUGAAACAAAGGCAGUGAUAAUUGUGUCUCAGACGGCGGUUCUGGACUAUGAGUCGUAUAAGGAGUACAACAUCGAACUGAUUGCCACAGACAAACAAUUCCCUGUUUCCACUACACUGAUCAUAAACAUUGGGGACAAGAAUGAUGUGAUCCCACACUUUGAUGAGAGAAUCUACAACUUCAGCAUCAUUGGCACCCAGGACACAGGGCGAGAUGUUGGGUACGUCUUCGCAAUGGACGAGGACUCUGGGCUUAACGGAGAUGUGGAUUACAGCAUUGUGAGCUCCACAAACCAGGGAUACAACUACUUUGGCAUUGAGACUGUUGAUGUGCCGUCCUCCCGACCUGACGAGAAACUGAAACGAGGCCGUAUCUACGUGCGUCGUAGUCUCCAGGCUCUGGCUGAUCGCACUGUCUUUAACAUGACUGUUUAUGCAAGGGACAAGGGUAGCCCUCCACUGGAUCCUGGCAAAUGUAUUGUGAUUAUCACAGUUAGCAAGGGCGUACAGGACAUGAAACCUAAGUGGGACGAGAACCUAAAUACGAAGGUCCAGAUUCCAGAGGGCACUCCGAUUGGCAAUGUGGUAUACACAGUGAAGGCUUACGCGGCCAACGCCACAUCGGGUAUUAUUUACUCAUUUGCGGGCUUUGGAGACGCUCUUAAAGACUACGAAAACUUCAAUAUUGAUCCAAACACUGGAGUUAUAACAGUUGGUGCAGAAUUGGAUUUCGAGAAAAAACAUGUAUACAAUGGCAGUAUUUAUUUUGCUGAAAAAUGGGAGGUCAAUCUUCAAAUUCGGGCGACAGAUUCAAUGAACGAUACUUUGACAAACCAGUUUCUGCUGAUUGUGGAAGUCCUUGACAUCGAAGACAAUGAUCCAUCUUUCCUUGACUGUCCUGGAAGACAAUACCCAAUCCCAGUGGUAGCGAGUGUCAGCGAGUCGAUGAUGCCACCCAGGUUUGUGUAUCAAGUACUGGCGUGUGAUCUGGACCAGCCACCCCAUGACGACAUAAAGUACAGUUGGUACUUUGAUCCUCAGAAUGCAGCUGAAGUCCUGUGCAAACCAGAUAUCAUAGAAAAGUUUACUUUGAACUCAACAACGGGCGAUAUUCACACAGCCGCUAUUUUGGAUCGUGAAGUGAAAGACGAGUAUCUUCUGUGUGUCCAAGUUUCUCAGGUAGUGGGAAAUAAUCGGAAAAAACGUGACCUCACUGCUGACCUUACUGCCAAAAAUAUCAGCAGCACUGUCCUCUUCAUACAAGUUAUCGUUAUUGAUGAGAAUGACGAGGGACCAAAGUUCAUCAACCACUCUGUCAUAAAUGUUAUUGAUCAGUUCCCAUCAGUGGAUAUAUAUGUAGCUGAGGCAGUGGAUCGGGACCUUCCCCCACAUAAUAACAUCAGAUACAGCAUUGACAAGACCUUGUUUGUGAUUGGUGGCAAACCCCAGCAAGCCCCGACUGCCUUCACCAUUAAUGCCAACGACGGAACAGUUUCUAUUGGAACCAAUGAUUACACUGAUUACAUUGAUGGUUACUUUGAUAUUACGAUAAAGGCUGAGGACCGCAAUGGAGAAAAUAAUCUUACAGAUUACAUGCAGUUGAGGGUUUACGUGACAGAAAGGUCUAACUUUAUCCGUGUUGUCAUCAACAAGCCAGCCGACACAGGCGUUGAAACACAGAUUGGUAAUUUGCUCAAACGUCUUAACUCCCUAGAGAGCAACGUUUUCUACAAAGUAAUGUCCAUAUCCAACCAUGUCAUCUCCAAUGACGCUGCUCCAUCAUUUGAAAGUACCGAUGUAUGUUUGGUGGUAGUAAGAAACAACAAUGUGAUGUCAUCAUUGGAUGCUGCAAAAAGACUCAAUAAUGAACGGAGUGUUACCCAGGCAUUGAAUGAAUAUGAAGCAUUAGACCCUGGGCCGUGUGACCCGGCAAAGAGCGUAUAUCCAGUGGGAUGGGAGAGCUACUGGUGGGUGCUUGUGGCCUUUGCUAUCUUUAUCUUCAUUUGCUGCAUCAUCCUGAUUGCCCUUAUUGUUGCCCUCUUUGAACAGCAUGAAAAGAAUAUGAAAAAUAAGCCAUAUUUCGUUCAAUCAAACUAGAUGGCAGUGGUAACCAGUCUUUCUACCAAGUCCAUUCCAGAACAUCUGCAGUCCCCACUGCCUUUGAAACAAUGCAAACGCCAUGAAAAUUUAUUUGGGGGAAAAAUGGAACCAUUUUUUUUUAACCUGCUUGAAAGAUAAUGUUCAACUCAGUUAACAGAAAAGUGUUGUUCGUGAUAAUCUCAAUUUAUUGCUGUUGAUAUAUUUAUGUCAAACAGAUAUUCAAAAGAUGAUUGCCCGUGAUAGAAUUUGCAUUGUAUGUUUGAGAAAAGUUGUGUGCCGAUUGUUUGUCAUUGAUGAUAUUAUAAAAUUCAUGACUGAAUGUUGCUAUAUGUAGUGUACAAAUGUAAAAUAUAUUGUAAAUAGCUAGCAAAGAAGACAGUGAAACUAUUUCUAUAAAUAUCUUACACAAUACUCAAUAGUGCUUGACCAUUUUGGUGUAUCAUGCUGAAACAAUAUAAAAUAUCAGCUGUACAUGUAGUAUGAAAUGUACAUGGUACAUAAUUCAACCUUCUUAAAAUUUGGUCGUAAAAUUUCAAGAGGUUGUACUGUAACGGUGCGUAAUUGUUCUGAAUGACCUAGAUACAUUCCUAUCACUCCUAAAUUUAAUGUAUAUCCAAAUAAUUGUUAUACCAAAAAAACCUGUUUGUUACAGAAUCUAAAGAUAUAUUGUUGGAUAAAAAAUGAUGAUGUUACUCUGUUGAUGUUUUAUAAGUCUCACAAGAAUUUUUGAUAUGCAAUAUUUUUGUAUUUAAAUACAUAAACAUGUUCA